AUGGCGGAAAGUGGAAGAAAUAUAGGAAAGUAUCAUGAAGGUCCUAAUUGUGUGAAUGAAAAUUUGUGUCAACCAUGUUUAAAUAAGGAUAAACAAACUAUAGCUGACAAGUUUUGUUCAACUUGUAAGGAAUUCCAAUGUUAUGAUUGUUCAAAUAUACACAACUUGCUCGCAUUCUUGAAAACUCAUAAAUUGGUGAGCUUAAAAGAAGGUAACUUUACUAGCACUUUCUUUGAAAUGAAGACCUUAGAUGAGUGUGAUCAACAUGAAAAACUUUUUGAAUUCUUCUGUGAAGAUGAAAAGAAGCUGUGCUGCAGUACUUGUGCUAUUGUUAAUCAUCGGAAAUGUAAUAGCGUUGUAGAAAUUGAGAAAAUUGCAGGGAAAAUGACGUCAUCAGGUUCUGGCUUAGGGGAGAAAUUGUCGGAAGCUAGAGAUGAUGCUGAGGGUAUUGCAAGACACAUUUGCUCUUCAAAAGACAAACUUGUUCAAGAUAUAAAAGAAAUACUAAUAGAAGUUAGACGAAUGCGAGACGAAGUAAUGCGAAUGUUUGAUGAUUUAGAAGAUUCCGUCGUCAAGAGCGCUGAAACACUUUAG